UUUUGUCCUUACGUUGAAUGUCAACAAGCGGUUUAAUGAGAAACUAGAUGCCGAUGAUAUGCAUUGAGACUCGAAGUUGGCACUGGCCAAUCUUCUUUAAAAUCUUUUGAACGUCUAACUCGCCACCCUUGUUAUACGCAAAGCCCUGCGGGCAGCGCGGCUACCUAUAGUUCUUUCAUGGCCUCGUAAGCUCGCUAUGAGCAUCGCGAUUCUCUCCAUCCAGACUGCACCUCUAGUCUUUUCAAAAAGCGGAUAUUCGACAAGCCCCAUCAUGUCUACACCCGACCUAGGCCCUCUGGCAAUGAGUCAGACAAAAGAUGACCUCGUCAAGCAUCUAAACAUCGACGCGGAGACUUACACCCUGAUGGCGGUAAGCAUCCAUCCAUUUCAACCAAACCCCCUCGUUAACCCACCUUGCCACUACCGCAUCAAGAAUUCUAUCAAUAAAGUGCUUACUUAUCUUGGCCGACACUCAGAAAGAGACAGAUACUGUCUAUAGGUGGCUUAUUUCGGAGAAAUCCCACCUCAAGAAGAACUGCAAAGGAAAACCUCCGUACGAUUGGAGCGAUAUUGUAGAGAGAUCGAAAGAUGAAGCCAUGAGAUUGAUAGUACAGAAUGGUACUGAUCAGACAGCAUACUACUGGAGCUUAGCCCGGCCAACUCCCGAAUGCCCAAACUGGAUCGCAAGGUGGUUCUUAUACCACAAAUUCCGCUAUAGGGAUGGGAGGAACCGAAAUAUCAAAGCUGAUAGUAGGGAUGCCGCCCCUUACUCGCACCAUCACCAUAAUCACCGAACUUCGCACCAGUCAUACCAUACACAGCAUAGACAAGCACACGAAGCCGAGGGACACUACAGUCACUCUUCGUACUAUUCAGGUGCAUCCAUAAAUGCAGGUAUGUAUGGUUUACUUAUGUAUGGUUUACUUCUCCCACGACAAUCCACCAAGAGGUGAUGUCUGUGUGAAACGUAUGCACGCCGCAACUCUUGCAUAAAAGACCCUUUAUACAGAAUUGUUUGGCACUAGCCAAACAAGCUAAACCAGGUUUUUGGGUGCUUAUUUCUAACUGCCGGCAGGCAACGGUCAAGGAUAUGACUAUUCUCCCACCGGUGUGUUUAUUCCUUUUCCACUCUUUUUAACCGAAGUGUUAACGUUUCUUUUAGAACCUGGUCCAUCUACCAGUGAAUACGCCACUUACUCUUCGAGCCAAGCAUAUGCAUCACCGCCGUCUUACGUGCCAUACGCAUCGACGAUCGCUCGAGAGAACGGACAGGCUAAGCCCUAUGAUCCUGUCAGGGAUCUUUAGUGUAGCCUGGAGUACGGGACGGGGGGCUAUAGUUGGCAUACUCAUAUGAGCUUACGAUGUGAAGAGUUCUUUUUUGUUACGCUGAGUUGCCAUUCAACGCAUGGACGCAAGGAAUGCUGGGGUGGAGCUGUCACAAUCAUCAUGGCAACAUCGGGAAUUGUUCGGUUUUUUGGGUCGUUAGGUCAAUGUUUACAAUAGGAGCUUUGUUCAUUUCUGUACUGAGGAGGCAGGUAAACGAGUGUUCUUUGGAUCACAAUUUCAUCCUCAAAAGUGUUUUUAAUAUCAUAAUGUUAAAUGCCAUCUCAAAAAUGCUGCUUUCCGCAAUUUG